GGCGGUCGUCACACGGAGCCUGCCUCUCAUCACUAACCAGGCCGUCACGGCGACAGUGGAGUCAUGUGUGGGAGAAAAACCAUAGCUGCUCCUGCAUGGUUUAUGUCUUUGACUAUUCAGUUUUAGGAAGAUGUCCUUGCCUGCUUUUGCUCUGUGAGGGGAAGGAGCCAAAGGUCUCAUCUGGACGUUCGUAACUGCGAAGCUUCCCUGUGAGUGUCAUCCGACAUGGAGGGUCUCACAGGAAGUCUGCUGCUGUUGUGCCUUAUCAGCUUAACUAAUGGGUGCAAUACUGUGCUUCCACAGCAAAUACUGGUCCAGUCAUCACCAAACCGGUGUACAACGUGUGUGAAGACACUCCCAUAGGCGCACUGGCAUUUACGAUAGAGGCAAAUGACCCAGAUGGUGACCCAAUGACUUUUUCACUCACUGGUGACAAUCGCGCUUACUUCAAUGUAAUUAGCUCCACUGGGCAGGUGACAGUCAGUAAGCAGCUAAACAGAGAGACUGACGAGGUAAUGGACCUUGGCGUAAUUGUUUCUGACGGCCCCAAUGAUACACCUGGACAGUUAACUAUAAUCCUGUUAGAUGCCAACGACAACAAACCCGUAUUUGAGCCCGCUUCCUAUGAUGUUAAUGUUCUGGAAAACACUGCUGUGGGUGCGACUCUGUUCACGGCACAAGCCACAGAUGACGACACGUCACUCGCUCGUGUGAUUAAGUACAACAUUGACCAAGUAAUUCCCAGUGCUGGGUCCAACCUGUUUACCAUUGGAAGCAACACAGGUGAAGUCAAAUUAAAUGGGAAUCUGAAUUAUAAUAACCUGGGAAAUUCCUACCGACUGAAGAUUAAUGCAACUGAUGGUGGAGGCAAGUGUUAUUAUGAUGAAAUCAAGUACAACUCAGCUGUGGCUUUUUCUAUUGUUACUGUUGUGGACGUGCCGGACAUGGACCCAAAGUUCACCAACGAUAAAUACACAGGAAAAGUGGAGGAGAAUUCUCCCUUAGGCCAGUCUGUUUCUGAAGUCAGCGCCUUCGACCAGGACACAGGUGUUAAUGAUCCCAUCACCUAUAGCAUUGAAAGUUCAACGGUAGAAGGCCUGUUUACAAUCUCAAGUGAGAGUGGCGUCAUAUCUGUAGCAGCAGCCAUAGACAGAGAAGUUAUUGGGGAUAAUGUUACCCUGGUUGUAAAGGCCACUGAAACCAACGUGGACGUCACGGGGGUCAGAGCCAGCGCCACCGCCACCGUGCUGAUCGACAUCAUCGACGUCAACGACAACCCCCCGGAGUUUUACAAAUGUGACGACUCCUGUGUGAAGGCCAGCGACUUCGCGGUAGAAGUCCCGGAGCAGCUCCCUGGGAUUAUUUCCCUCGGCAUGACUGUCAUAGAUCUGGACAAGAUCGCUGGCACCAAUCUAAUCCUGGAGGGAGAGUACAAGAAUGUCUUCUCUGUGGAGCCUUCCACGAUUGCAGUGUCCAGGAGCAUUGUUCAGCUCCUGAUAAAGCAGCCACAAAUACUGGACUAUGAAAAAAUCCAGCAAAUGAUAUUACAAGUCAUUGCUAUAGAUCAAGGGAACGCAAGGUACCGCUCCACUGCUACAGUUACUAUAAACAUCAAAGACACUAACGACAACAGCCCCAUUUUUCCAAUGGACACAUAUAGGUUGAAGGUGGCUGAGCACUCGCCUGAAGGGACAGUAUUGGCCACCAUCACUGCAGAGGAUCCUGACACGAUGGAUCAAGACCAGCUCGUCUACACUCUUCUUCCAGAAAGCAUAAAACAGUAUUUUGACGUGGAGCCGCAGUCGGGCACAGUUUACGUCAAAAACCCAGAUCUGUUGGAUCGUGAGAUCAGGUCUCUGUAUUCGGCAACGCUGCAGGCCAAAGACACCGACGGGAAGCCCGGGACCACAGUGCUGGAGAUCACCCUGACCGACAUCAAUGACCAGCGUCCCGUCUUUAACAGAGACCCCUACCAGUUCUUUGUGAAGGAGGGUGAACGGCUUACAGAAACUAUACAGGCUACAGACGCUGACGAUCCCGAGACAGAUAACAGCAAAAUCGUGUAUGGAGUCCUGCCGGGCAAGUACAGCAAUAACUUCACCAUCGACCCCGACACAGGGGUGUUGACCAACUCAGGGGAACUGGACCGUGAGGCUCUGAACCCAGAUCUGAACGGGAGGGUUGAGCUGGAGAUAACUGCAACUGACAAGGGCACCCCCCCGCUGGACUCUGUAGUCACAGUUAUUAUCACCAUAGAGGAUAUUAAUGACAACACACCACAGUUUAACGCCUCCGUUUACAAAUUUCGGGUUAAAGAAGCAGAAAAAGGUGCAUACGUGGGUUCUGUUUACGCCCAGGAUCUGGACCAAAUGCCAGAGUUCAACCGAAUUUCUUUUAACAUCGAGGCGAGUUUCGGCCUCUUCGCCAUCCGCUCGUCUUCAGUGAAUGGAGUUUACCAGGGAACCAUCACCGUAGACCGGGACAUCGCGCUGGACUAUGAGGGCGGCCACGAGAGCUUCACACUCCUGGUAGAGGCCGAUGAUCUGGAGAGGAAGUCCGAGGCGACCGUGGAGGUGGAGGUGGUCGACGUGAACGACGAGAGGCCCGAGUUCCUGCCGUCGAAGCCCGUGACUGUGAAGGAGAACACCACCGUCACUGAUGUGAUCGGGGCUUUCAUAGGGCACGACAAAGACGGAAGCCACUCGCUGGUGUACCAGCAGGAGUCCAUCAAAUGCAGGUGCAACGGCUCCUUGACCGACUGCGACUGGUUCAUCCUCAGUUCAACAGGGGAGGUCGCCGUCAAUCCAGACGUCAUCGUGGACUACGAGGAGUGUGACCAGGCGGUGGUGGAGGCGUGGGUGGUGGAUGUGGCCACAGAGAAAGGAUCCAACAUUAGUGCCUCAACAGGAAACAUGGUGAUCAACAUUGAAGACAUCAACGACAAUCCUCCAGAGUUCAUCCCCUCGAACGCUGUGCUCGUGGUGGUGUCAGAAGGCGCAAGCAAAGGAACCUCGGUCGCAACAGUCGCUGCUACGGAUCGAGACUCUGGUAUAAAUGCACAGAUUGACUUUAAGGUAGCAGACGUCAAAUUCAUGGACACCAACAAUCAAAUAAGCAACAUGAGGGAUCUGUUUGAGGCCGUCACCACACAGCAGAAGGACAUUUAUGUUGGAAUCAUCCAAACCACGGAGAAGCUUGACCUGACUCUGAAAGGGAAGUAUCUGGUCACAGUAGCUGCAUCUGAUGCCGGCGGUCUGUCCAGGAGCAUCGUGCUGGAGAUUUUUACCGUUGAUGAAUCAUAUAAGGUUGAACUUCAGUUUACAAAAACUGUAGAGGAGGUGAAAAGAAAUCAAGCAGAAAUCGAAAGGAUGCUCAAAACGGCCACCAGAGCUGACGUGAUCGUUGUCUCCAUCAGUCCUGACUCUGCUCAAGCGUCAAGGAAUACAGCCACCACCCUCAUGGUGACGUACUUCGUUUAUCCCAACGGGACGGCUCUUACCUCUAUUGAACUGGAGAAGAUCCUGUCUGAUAGUGACUAUUACCUCAGCCUGUUAGAACUCGGCCUCAGCAACGUUGGGAAGGUUCCUACAGUAGAUACGCCCGUAGACACCGUGAAGUACGUCCUGCUGGGGAUCGUGGCCGGUCUCGUCGUCGUGCUGGCAAUCCUCCUCACGUCACUGAUGUGCAGCCGCAGAAGCUACAAGAGGAAGCUGAAAGCAGCCAAAGCCAUGAACACUGCAUCCAUGAUGGGCUCUGACAACCAGAAAAGUGGUGCCGUGGUCCCUGGAACCAACAAGUACACAAUGGAGGGCGCUAAUCCCGUGCUCAACCUCAACAUCGACUCAGCCAUGGUGCUGGACGAGGACGACUCGGACGGCGACAAAGUCAGCCUCAACUCCCUGGACUACAGCGAAGACAUGAACACCUAUGAAAAGGACACGAGCCCUAUUAUGAAGAUUAUUCGGGAGGAGGAUGAGGAUGAGGAUGAAGAUGAGCGGGACGGGGGGCCGCUGGGGUACAUCGAGCCUCUGGGUGCAGCGCUGGCCCAGCGGGGGGAGAAGAGGGACAGCCCACGCAUGGUUUUCAGCAACCCCGCUUUUAGCACCACAGACCUGUGACGAAACAGGCCUUUUCUGG